AUGUCAGUCGAGGUAUCCGAGCGACCAAACAUGUUUCUCUUCUUCGCUGUGACAGGCACCUCGGUCCAAUACCGCUUGCUAGCACAGCGCCCGUCUACCUACCAAGUCAUCCGUGUGGACCAUCCUCGUACAAACCAGCCUGAAGCAUAUCCGUCCAUUACCAGUAUGGCGGCCGACCUCGUGGAACUUCUGCGCCGACAACAACCGAGGGGCCCAUACACUCUGGCUGGAUUUUCAUUUGGAGGGCUUGUUGCCUGGGCUGUCGCACAAUAUCUCGAGCAGAAGCAUGGCGAGACUAUUCGUCUGAUUUUGAUUGAUAGCGAAGCCCUUGUACAAGCGCCAAUCCCACCUCAGGCCAGCAUGCAGGACUCUCAAUCGGUGGUCACGGUACAGGCAACGCGCGAGAAGAUGUACGAGCGACUCUUUGACAUUCCCAGCCGGAGCAUUGCAGAUCCCACUACAAUGCCCGAGCUUGCCGGUUUCGGGACGUUCUGCUCGCUCAUGCGCACCACAAUCUUGCCAUUCAUGUUGUCUUUCAGCCGGAAGUGUUACACGGGCCUAUUUUGCUGA